UAAGUUAACAGGUGAAAGAAGGCUAACUGAAAUUACGUGCACUUAUUCCGUAGGUGUGGGGCGUGUUACCCCAGAUACCUAGGUACACCAACAGCUUAAGCUGAUGACGUCAGCACGUGGUUGGCUGUUAUUAAUAUUUCUUUUCAUGGCGUUUCUGUAUUCGUUGAUGAUUUUUCGCAUCCCUCCAACACACCUUAUCAACCGUCGCAUCCACGCGGACGAUUACCCCAUCAUCUUCAUCUUUAUUAGUGCUAUGACAAGCACUCACUUAAUGUGGAAGUUGUUUAUAUAUAGACAAACGCACUUGCUUUUGAGGGUGUCGCCAUUUGUGUGAUCAUUUUUCCUGGUAGCGUGGACCAUAUACAACCCGAUCUAAAUUCCCGUUUCAGGCAUCUGCAGUACCUACGUAGCUGGUCAAGUUCCAGGGACCCGGGGAACUACCUACGAAUUCUCAUUCCUAAUUCUUUACGUCGCAACUACGAAAUCUCUAGCCUGAAGCAUGUUGCUGUAAAAUAUUUUGUAUGGUACUGAUAAGAUUUGAAUUGUGUAAAUUUGGGCGGUAUUAUAUAUGUUUUUAACAAUGCCGAUAUCUCCCUAGUCUGAGAUUGUGUAACGAGGAGAUUGAUGCAAGGGAUAGUCUAUCUGACAAAAACUAAUCUAUUCAACAACAUUGAUCCAAUGGCUCGAUUUCCUAACUUGACUUGGUUUUUGCUUGAUU